AUGCUUGGAGAGGGCCGAGAGGAGGCCGCCAGGCUAUAUGUUCCCCCACUGCUUGAAGAUAACGAACGUCUCGACGAUCCCGAAGCUUCCGAAGACCUGCCACCGCCCGACGUCGAGACAGGCACUCUUCCUGUCUGGUUGCGGGAAUCAUCCAAAUCGUUUCGCUGGGAUGGGUGCCGCUACCGCUCCGAAAAGUUGGGUCCCGAUCCGCCGCAUAUGCUUCUGUUGAAGCCGCUGUUUCCGCGAGUCCAGGAGCUUCCAGUCCAAUACCUCGACCGUUUUUUUCCCAAGCGCAAAUUUAAGACUGUACUCUUAUUGCUGCUCUACACAUCUUGGUUCUUGCCUUGGUUCUUGGUUUUAUUACACUCACGUUCUUCUGGUUAUAUCGAAGGGUUCGGUCGGCCUCAGACACUGUCAUGUUUAACGAACUUCUGGGAGUUCGGCAAUGGAUGUGGUAUUAACGGAAACGACUGCCGCCCAUUUUCUUCGUCGACUAUUCCCUUCAGGUGUCCUGCGAAUUGCCGUGAUGCCAAAUUACUGGAGCCUUACGUUGUGGGAAAUCAUACAUACAACUACCAGGGCCUAGUAAUCGGAGGUCCUAAGCCGGAUUCCUCCGACGCCGCAAUUUACCGUGCGGAUAGCUUUGUUUGCCAGGCAGCGAUCCAUGUCGGUGCAAUUUCGAACGAUGGCGGCUGCGGUGUUGUCAAGUUUGAGGGAGCAGCGCACUCUUUCCCAUCGGUAAAGCAACACGGUAUUCUCUCUGCCGGGUUCCCGUCGACCUUCCCGAAGGCUUUCAGCUUUCUCCAGCUAUCCUCGCCCCAAACUAGCUGCCCGUCAGAUCCGCGCUGGACGCUUCUUGGAAUCACUGCUGCUGCCGUUGGUAUCCUGUGGCUCUUCUGUACAUCACCGCCUGUGCUGUUUUUCAGUACAUUCUUCAUGGUGUUCUGCCAUACGGGACUUGUUGGCGAUCCGCCCUCGUAUCCAUUCCUGGCCGACCUUGUCUCCAGUCUUCUGUCACGGCUGCUGCCAGCGUCCGCCGCUUUUGCAACCGAUCUCCUCGCCUAUCUACCAGCUUUCAAAGUUGUUCCUUUUCCUACCCCGCUUUUCAUUGGAGCCCUGAACAACUAUACCUUUGCGCGGUUGAUUCCCUUGCAGCGCCUAACUCCGAUGGACAUCCAGAAACAACCCGGGGCAAAAUUGGCAUUGGCUCUUGUCAUCCCAAUUGUGAUUUCGAUUAUCCUGAGCCAGGCGUGGCAAAUUCGUCAGGGAGGUCUGCUCCCACGGUACUUGAAGAUAUACGGUACCAUGGGGAUCAUUAUCUUGAUUCUGCUUCCGCUACCUGGUCUUCGCCUUCGAAUUCACCAUUAUAUCCUCGCCAUUCUCCUCAUGCCGGGCACUGCCUUUCCCACUCGGCCUUCACUCAUCUACCAAGGUCUGCUGCUGGGUCUUUUCAUCAAUGGAGUUGCGCGGUGGGGCUUUGCCUCGAUCAUCGAGACUCCGGCAGCUCUAGGAGAGCAAGCCCCGCUUGGAGAUGGAAUCCAUGGCUGGUGGGGUGCUACCUAUCCCAAUAUCACGACCGCAUCUGUGAAUGUUUCCCUGCCAGAGGGAUCCGACGACACUUAUCGCGGCAAUGGCAACAUCACAUUCUCUCUGUGGGAACACGAGCGUAUGUCGGAUCUAUCAGUGGACGGCAUUUCGGUUCUUCUCAACGAUGUGGAGCGCUGGCGUGGCUAUCUCGAUGAAGACGAGCGCGGAGAAUUCACCUGGCACCGCCAUGGCCAUGAUGGCCUGGAGCUACAGACAAAUCCUCGUCUGGUCAGUCGUGAUUUGAACCCCGACGUUGACCCCAAAUCUGUUGUUUUGGCUGAUAGUGAUCCCGGCGAUAAGCCCGAAGACCUAUUUUUCCGAUUUGCAUUUUUGAGAGGGUCCGAGGCUGGCAUUUACAGCCCGACAGGAGUCUGGUUGAGUGAUGGCGCGUGGUGGCCCCCUGCGCCUCCCAAGAAAUAG